AGCCUGUGUGUACUUUGACCCUCCUCUCUUCCACUACUUGUGCUAGGAGGAAUCGGAAGUAUGUUGUUAUGAAAAAAGGGAAAAUCUGUACAUCAAGAAAGGAUCGAAAGGAGGAGGCAGCGAGAUCUGAUGCUAUGGCAUCUGAAAGGGAGAACAGAUGGACCAUUUGUGCUGUGAUUGUGUUUUUGAUAGCAAUAUGUGCAGCUCAUAUGACAGAUCGACCUGCCUCUUCUCGCCCUCACCGCAAGACUUCUGUGCUGAAGAUGGAUGAAGCGGCUCUUUCGGUUAUCAAUGAGGUCGAGGAGGAGAUGGUGCUUUAUGUGCUUUCUGAUCACUGUUAUCAGUGUUUGCCUCAGCCGUUGGGAAUGAUACCUGCAAGGCCCACUUCUGGAACCCCUGCUUCAGUGGGAUUUGUCGUAGGCACACAGCACGCUCUGACACUGUUGAUCAACAGCACAACAACGCCGCAGCAAUGCAAGGUAAAUUUCCACUUUGGGGAGCAGGGGAACUAUUCUCUGUGGGUGAAGAACCUGAAUGAGCCGUCACAGAUCAACUGCGAAAUGAUCACUGAUUCAGAUCCCAUCAACAGCUACCUGCCUAUUCUGUUUGCUUUUCUGGUGUUUGCUUUUCUGGCUGCAUUAUCAGCAAUCUGGAGCACAGUUAAAAGGCUGGAUGCUGUGACAAAUCUACUUAUUCGCUUGGGGGGAACAGUUGAGACAGAGAGGCUGAUAAACUCGGAGCUUGGCACUCCAAACAGAUUGGUAGAUGCCUCCACGGAAUCGAUAAUUCCUGCCACUACAGGACGGAGGCUUCGUUCUUUGGAUACUUUCCGUGGCCUUUCACUGGUCAUCAUGGUGUUUGUCAACUACGGAGGUGGACGUUACUGGUUUUUUAGGCAUGAAAGUUGGAAUGGGCUCACAGUUGCUGAUCUCGUGUUCCCUUGGUUUGUGUUCAUUAUGGGUACAUCCAUUGGUUUGUCCCUGAGCGGUUCAUUGCGCAGGGGUGUCAAACGCACUCAUCUUCUGUGGAAGGUUUUCUGGAGGAGCUUACAACUCUUCCUUAUCGGAGUCAUCAUCAUCAAUCCUAACUAUUGCCAAGGACCCUUGUCUUGGGAUUCUCUGCGUAUUCCUGGUGUAUUACAGCGUCUGGGCUUUACGUAUCUCAUCGUCGCUGCUUUGGAUCUUGCUGUGUCCCCAGACCGACUUACCAACCUGUCAAGUGAAACAUGCUGGUAUUGGGUGCAUGAUAUCUGCCUCUACUGGCCCGCAUGGUUGUGUGUGAUUAUCCUCGAGACGGUCUGGCUGUGUUUGACCUUCCUCCUCCCAGUGCCUGGCUGCCCAACUGGUUAUCUGGGUCCAGGGGGCAUUGGGGACUUUGGCCAGUACCAGAACUGCACCGGUGGAGCUGCGGGUUACAUCGAUCGCUGGCUGCUCAAAGAUAAUCAUAUUUACCAGACACCUUCAUCACGGGUUUUAUACUUGACUACGAUGCCCUUUGACCCUGAGGGUGUUCUGGGAAGCAUCAACUCCAUAUUGAUGGCUUUUUUAGGUCUUCAGGCAGGGAAAAUUCUGCUGCAUUACAGGGACCAACACAGGCAAAUAAUCACAAGAUUUCUCAUGUGGGGAUUGAUACUGGGGAUCAUCUCAGCUGUAUUGACCAAGUGCUCCAGAAAUGAUGGCUUCAUCCCUGUCAAUAAAAACCUGUGGUCUUUGUCGUAUGUGACCACUCUCAGCUGUUUUGCUUUUGUGGCUCUGGUGUUUUUUUACUACACUGUGGAUGUAAAGAAGUGGUGGUCUGGAGCUCCCUUCUUCUACCCUGGUAUGAAUUCCAUCUUGGUGUAUGUGGGUCAUGAAGUGUUUGAGGAAUAUUUCCCAUUUCGCUGGAAAAUGGCCAACAGCCAAUCACACACAGAGCACCUGGCACAAAACCUGCUGGCCACCUCCAUAUGGGUGUUCAUAGCCUUCCUGCUCUACAGGAAGAAGAUCUUCUGGAAGAUUUGAAGGUGAAAUUCCUGUUCUGCUGAACUUAAGACCGGUUCAUCUUUGUGAAAAAAAAUUUUUUUUUUUUUUGGGUGCCUAUUUUUAGAUGUAGAAAAAUCAGCAGAUCUCUGAACAUCUGUGCAGAGACAAAAAAAAACUCACACAUGGUCCAGGAAUAGAACUUGGCUAUUAUUUGAGAAGAGCAGAAGGAAGAAGAGGAAAGAAGAGCAUGUGGCUGUGCCAGUAUGUACCUCUGUGGACUCAACUAAGCCCUUAGAAUGAAUGCCAAGAUGCUAAGGGCAGAUUCUGCCAAAUUUCCCAUUCAGGCUAUUGGUUUGAGGGUAAUUAAUAAUGUUUUGAAGCAGAGCGAGGCAUUAUGUUUGAUUAUGAAAUCAGCUCCUAAAUGAUGAUAUUGGACAGUUCUGAAAGUCUAAUUUGAUUAAUAUAGUCAUGAAUCUGAAAGCAAAUGAGUGAGAUAAACAAAGUCUUCCUUCACUGUAAAAAAAGCAGGGUUCCACAUCAUUCCUUCAUGUUGCCACAACACAAAUCAAUCAAGCUAACUUAAUUGUUUUAUAAAUUUAAGUGGGUUAAACAUAAAACAAAUAAGUUGUCCCAAAAAAACCUUAAGAAUUGUGUUGUUUCAAUUUAUUUAAAUAUAUAGCUUAAAAAGAAAAAAAGGAGCAAAAAUCUUUCUAUUCUAUAUUGUAAAUAAUGAUUAGCUAAUUAAAGCAAGUAAACUGAUUGCCUUAAAAGCGACAAGCUGACUUCACUAAAAUAAAGUAAACCCAUUGUAACUUGGAACUGUUAAGUUGGCUUAAUUUUUAUAAUUAUGCUAAUUGUACUCUUUUUUUUUUUUUAAAUAAAAGUAAACUAAUCA